AUAAUAAAUAAAUAAAAUACAAUUAAAGCUGGGGAGCGACUGUAACCGAGAGGGAAAAGUCAAGGCUGUCCACCCCCUUUUCUUUUCUCUUCUUCAGCCUGUCUCUCCUACGCACUCUCUAUUUCCUGUAUCCUGCGCAUCUGUCGCCGGCUAUCCAACCUCAGAUCUCCCUUUACUGCUUCCAACGCUCACUCUUCCUUACUUAUUCCAGCAUCCACUUCUCCCGUGUUUCUCAUUUCAGAUAUAGCAGUCUUUGAGGAAAAAGAAUCAUGAGCUGCUUCGGGUGUUGUGAAGAUGAUGAUAUGCAUAAAGCUGCUGAGAGUGGUGGUCCGUACACAGUGAGACAUUCGGCAGGAAAUGAUGGGGGUUAUCAUGCCUCAGAAGCUGCACCCAAAGGUUCUCAAACAGUGAAAGUCCAGCCUAUUGAAGUUCCUGAAAUAUCAGCAGAUGAGCUAAAGGAAGUGACAGAUAACUUUGGUCCAAAUGCUUUGAUCGGAGAGGGCUCAUAUGGAAGAGUUUAUUACGGGCUUCUCAAAAAUGGUCAGGGUGCAGCAAUCAAAAAGUUAGAUGCCAGCAAACAGCCAGAUGAGGAAUUUUUAGCCCAGGUUUCUAUGGUCUCAAGGCUGAAACAUGAUAAUUUUGUUCAAUUGCUUGGUUACUGUGUUGAUGGAAAUUCACGUGUUCUUGCCUAUGAGUUUGCUUCCAAUGGAUCUCUUCAUGAUAUUCUACAUGGGAGGAAAGGUGUCAAAGGAGCACAGCCUGGUCCUGUUCUGUCAUGGGCACAACGAGUGAAAAUCGCAGUAGGGGCUGCAAAAGGGCUUGAAUACUUGCAUGAAAAGGCUGAUCCCCACAUUAUCCAUCGUGACAUCAAAUCUAGCAAUGUACUAAUUUUUGAUGAUGAUGUUGCUAAGAUUGCAGACUUUGAUUUGUCAAACCAAGCUCCUGAUAUGGCAGCACGUCUUCAUUCCACUCGUGUGCUAGGAACCUUUGGUUAUCAUGCCCCUGAAUAUGCAAUGACUGGGCAGUUGAAUGCAAAGAGUGAUGUUUACAGUUUUGGUGUUGUCCUUCUUGAACUUCUGACUGGACGAAAGCCUGUUGAUCAUACAUUACCACGUGGACAGCAGAGUUUGGUGACAUGGGCUACGCCAAAACUUAGUGAGGACAAAGUUAGGCAGUGCAUCGAUACAAGACUAGGAGGAGAAUACCCUCCUAAGGCUGUUGCAAAGAUGGCUGCCGUUGCUGCCUUGUGUGUACAAUAUGAAGCUGAUUUCCGGCCAAACAUGAGCAUUGUAGUUAAAGCCCUGCAGCCCCUGUUAAAUGCCCGACCUGGACCUGCUGGUGAAGCACCAAGCUUGUAAAUCUCUUUUGUAUGAGCGUGAAAAAAAUAUAAAAAGAGGGGAUUGUUUUUGAAGAUCGUGGUAUAUUGUUCAGACUAUGUUCCAUGUCAUUCCAUUGUUAAUGAUGUAUCUUGAUCUGUUCAUAAUGCAUGGGGGUUUUUUUUUUGAUAUUGUUA